CAUUUGAGCACUUGGGCACUGCUCGAGGGCCUGGGGUCAGUAGUGGGCCCCAUAAGAUGCCCCUGGUACCUUUUUAUAGGCUUUUUUUGGGCUUUUUUGAGUUUGGGCAAGGACACAGGGGCCCCAUGAUCCCCUAUUGCCCGGGGGCCCCAUGAGUUGUCAGUCCACCCCUGGUGGUAUCAGCUCUCUGCUAUAAAUAGGCCACUUAAUUUAGGGAACAUUCACUUCAAAUAAAC